CUGCUGGACUGAGCGACGUCGGUGAGCUGGUCGGUCUGAGAGUGAAGGCGACUGGAAUGCUGAGGAAAAAGAGCUUGCAACGCCCACCUUAUAUAUGCGCGCUGCCCACGGCGAGGUGCAGUGGAGUAAAAAACGGGGGGCACGCUCGCCGUUUACUCCAACGCCCAAGGCAGGGUUGCGACGCUGGGAAGCACGUCAGCCGUCCCGCAGCAGGGUGUUGGCGACAUCGGGGCGACACGUUCGCCUCUUGUUGACGAUGUGCUCGCUUGUCGUGACGACUUCACGACGAUGUUGUAAAACGCUAUGUGUCGAGGCGCUGCGAGAGUGGAGUCGAAGUCAGCGUAGCGCCACAAAUGGAUCAAUGAUGAUUAUUUGCGCGUGUUUGUCCGUUUAGUUGCUGGCGAUCCUUAAGGAAUGGCAGGGCUCUCGCCAGUGGGAUGGAGCAUCGGUAUACGA